AUGGCUGAAUUAAAGAAUGAGAGUGAGGCUGCUUGGGAAUGGCUAAGCAAAAUACCUAAACACACUUGGGCCAGACAUGCAAUGGAUAUGAACUGCAAAACAGACUUAGUUGUUAACAAUCUAAGUGAGGUUUUCAACAAGUGGGUUCUAGAUGUCAGGGCUAAACCAAUUAGGACCAUGGUGGAUGGAAUUAGGACAAAGUUAAUGGUCAAGUUCAAUGCAAAUAGAACAAAGACUGAGACUGUAAGAUGGGAAAUUUGUCCAACAUAUGCUAAGAAAUUAGAGGAAGCAAAGAAGUUUGCAAGGAACUGUCAUGCUUUGAUGGCUGGGCCUAAUAUUUACCAAGUCACUAGUGGGGAGAGAACUUAUGCUGUGAACCUACAACAUAGGACUUGUGGGUGCAAGAAGUGGGAUAUGACAGCAGUUCCUUGCAAUCAUGCUGUUUCUGCCAUACACAAGGCUAAGCUUCAGCCAGAGGACUUUGUUCAUGAUUUCUUCAAAAAAAAGAUGUACCUGGCAGCUUACAGUCCCAUUAUAUAUCCUGUACCUGGACCUGAUAUGUGCCCAAGGACAGACAGUAUGGACAUUGAGGCUCCAGUUUUCAAAGAACACAAGGGAAGGGCACAGACUAAGAGGAGAAAGGGCCAAUAUGAGAAGCCAGCUCCCAAAGACACCUCAAGAAUGGCCUCAAUUACCUGCUCUAAUUGCAAAAAGGUUGGCCAUAGAUACACCAACUGUAAUGUUGCUUUGAAUCCAUCACUGGCAAUGAGAAAGAACAGGCAUGAGCCAAGCAGCAGCUCCUAUGAACCUGAUGCAGCCACACCAGCAAGGAGGGCCUCUUCUGCUGCUGGUGCUUGA